CAGAAGGGGCCACAGUUGGUCACAGCAUCCCCAAAACCCUAGGUGCAUCAGCAUGGGCUCCGUCCCAGCCCAACGGCCCAGGGAGGUGGGUGCCCCCCCAGGGCUGUGCCCCCCAGGUCUCACAGCAUCACUGCACCCCGGGUACGAGCAGCCCGGAGGUGAAGCAGUUACAGUGUGUGUGUGGGGGGGGGGCAGCCAGGUGCAGGUGUCCCUGAGGCGUCCCCGCACAGGGCACGGCGCAGUGCGAUGGCACAGGGCGAGCUGCCCGGCAGCUACAUCCAGGACGAGGGCAGCGGGGCACUCUACCAGCGGGGAUGGCUCCUGGGGGAGGUAAAUGCCCAACAUCACUCCUGCCCGCGGGCAGUCCCAGCUAGGACCCCCCCCCUUCCCGUGGGGAAACCAGCGCAGCCUGGACACAGAUGGAGGCAGAGCAGAGCAAUGCUCGGGGCAGCACCAGGAGGGGCCCCUGCGCUCUGCCCCCAACCUGGGGUCCCGAUCCCUGGGGCUCCGUCCCUCUGUCCCCCCAGGGCGCCUUCGGGCGCUGCUAUCAGCUGAUGGAGUUGUCCAGUGGAAGGGUCUACGCUGCAAAGGUGAUCCCAUGGGCCCGGCUCGCCGUGCCAGGAACCAGGGAGAGGGUGAGUCUGGGGGCACAGAACACCCCAAAGAGGAGAGCAACACCCGCAGCCCUUCCUCCUCCUUCUUCCUUCCCAUGUCUCUGGGUUGAUCUCUUGGUUCCCAUCCCCGUCUCCCCAAGGGCAGGGCACUGGUGUGUGUGUGUGUAUUGGGGGGGGGUGUCUCUGCGGGUUGCCGGGCUCUGGGCUCACCCCAAUGCAGGUGGAGCGCGAGCUGGAGCUGCACAGCUGCCUGUGCCACCGCCACAUCGUCCGCCUGCACGGGCAAUUCAGCACCCGCAGCCACGUCUACCUGCUGCUGGAGCACUGCGGCCGCGGGUCUGUUGCUGACAUCCUGCGGGCCCGGGGAGGGCUGACGGAGGCGGAGGCGCGGUACUACCUGCGGCAGGUGAUUGCGGGGCUGCGCUACCUCCACGGGCACGGCCUCGUGCACCGGGACCUCAAGCCAAGUAACCUGCUGGUGACCAAGGAGAUGCAGGUGAAGAUCGGGGACCUGGGGCUGGCACGGCAGGCGGCGGCGGGCGGGCGGCACUGGGGGUGAGCACGGCCAUGGCCCCCACCCAUCGGGGUCCCAGAGCGGGGUUCACCCUGCCCUCCAUGCAGGGCGCUCUG